CCGCGUUUAUAUUAAUAUUGAUUUAAACUGAAAAGUGCAGAACGAUUGGAGACUUUCACUGCAGGGACCUAGGCAGAAGAUGUGCCGUUUUUAGGGAUGGUAAUGUAAUUAAGUUGCGCGCAAUGGUGCAUAGACAUAGACACAUCUGCUCUCUUCAUUUGAGUUUUCAGCUCAGUAAGUAGCUCAUACUCGUGAAACUACUAACACUUUUAAGUUUCGCGGAAAGGAAAAAAGGAUGGCAGCUCCACACAACGGAUCCAACAUAACGGGGAACUACACUAACCAGUUCGUGCAGCCGCCAUGGCGCAUCGCUCUCUGGUCCCUAGCCUACAGCUCGGUGCUGGCGGUGGCGGUGUUUGGAAACCUCAUCGUGAUAUGGAUAAUCCUUGCCCACAAGCGUAUGAGGACUGUGACCAACUAUUUUCUCCUGAACUUGGCGUUUUCAGACGCGUCAAUGGCCGCCUUUAACACUUUGAUCAACUUUAUCUACGCUGCCCACGGGGAGUGGUACUUCGGGGAAGGCUACUGCAAAUUCCACAACUUCUUCCCGGUCACAUCCGUGUUUGCAAGCAUCUACUCCAUGACUGCGAUAGCUGUGGACAGGUACAUGGCCAUCAUCCAUCCUCUGAAGCCUCGUCUGUCGGCGAAGGCCACCACAGGAGUUAUCAUCUGUAUCUGGAGUCUGGCCAUUGUGCUUGCUUUCCCUCUCUGCUACUUCUCCACCACCCAAACUCUGCCCCGCAGGACCCUCUGCUACGUUGCCUGGCCCCGCAUGGCUCAAGACCCCUUAAUGUAUCAUAUCAUAGUGGCGGCCCUGGUCUAUGUGCUGCCCCUUAUGGUGAUGGGCAUCACUUACACCAUCGUAGGGUUGACUUUGUGGGGAGGGGAGAUCCCAGGAGACUCAUCUGAUAACUACCACGGACAGCUUAGGGCUAAAAGGAAGGUGGUGAAGAUGAUGAUCAUUGUUGUUGUGACUUUUGCCCUCUGCUGGCUGCCCUAUCACAUCUACUUCAUUGUGAUGGGUCUUAACAAGCGUCUGAGCAGGUGGAAGUACAUCCAGCAGGUUUACCUUUCCGUGCUGUGGCUGGCAAUGAGCUCCACCAUGUACAACCCCAUCAUCUACUGCUGCCUCAACAGCAGGUUUCGCGCUGGCUUCAAGCGUGCAUUUCGUUGGUGCCCUUUCAUCAAGGUAUCCAGCUACGAUGAGUUGGAACUUCGCUCAACGCGGAUGCACCCGACCCGCCAGAGCAGCAUGUACACGCUGUCCAGAAUGGAUACCACUGUGGUGGUGGUUUACGACCCUGCCGAGGGCAAUGGCGGCGGCUCUGGGAGGAAGCAAUCCCUGUCUUCCAAGAAGCGAAGCUACAUCACAGCACGCCACACGGAGAUCACUGCAAGCAACGGGGGCAGUGUGCCAACGCAAAAUGGAGGGGCUCCAAGCGCUCAACCUGAAGAGUUCUCUUGAAGUGUAUUCUCACAAACACACACACAAACAUAUGCAUGUAAGAAAUGUACACACAUCAUUCUCCACACAUUGUACAUUCAGACGGUGCAGAGAUUUUCGCUUAAUUCGCAUUGCUUGAUUAGACUUAGAAGCAUUGUAUCAAAGCGGCUCCUUUAACCGCAUGGAUAAAGAAAUUAUUUAAUACUGCACCUUGAUGGAUAAUAUUGAUGUUUAAGCUUCUCUUGAGCAUAGAUGGA